UUAACACCAAAAUCAAACCAACCACUGAAAACGAUUCAUUAGAAACUGUUUUUGUUUCCCAGCAGCUCCUGUAUUCCAAUCUAAUUGCAAUACAGGACAAAGAGGAAACAUUAAACAAAAAAAAGAACAUUAAACAAAAAAAGAAAAAGACAGAAGAAGGAAGAAAGAAGAGAAGAAGGGAAGUUCAUAUUUAAACCCCCUUAAAUGAAACCCCAAAAUCCCCAAUUCCAAAAUCCCUAUCCCCCAAAUUUCCCCAUUCCCCCUCUCUCUCUAAACCUUCAUUUCCUUCUUCCCAUUCCCCUCUCUCUCUACAGCUCCUCCCCAUUCCAUUCACAUGACUCGUCCAUUCAGACUGCUGGAUUCGGUGAGCUCCUCGCCGACAACGACAACCGGGGACUCCUCCGAGCCACCCGCUCCGCCGGUGGACUCCGACUUCGUCGUCAUACUGGCCGCGCUCCUCUGCGCUCUGAUUUGCGUCCUCGGUCUCGUCGCCGUCGCCCGCUGCGCCUGGAUCCGCCGCUUCUCCUCCGGAUCCGCCGCCGCGGCGGAAGGCGGCAGGGCUCCGCCGGCCCCGAGCUCCUCGCAGGCCAACAAGGGGGUGAAGAAGAAGAUCCUCCGCGCCCUCCCCAAGCAGACCUUCUCCACCGACACAGCGGCCAAAUUCUCCGAUUGCGCCAUCUGCCUCGUCGAAUUCGCGGUCGGGGAUGAGUUCCGGGUGCUCCCGCAGUGCGGCCACGGCUUCCACGUGGACUGCAUCGACACCUGGCUCGGCAACCAUUCAUCCUGCCCUUCCUGCCGACAGAUACUCGUCGUCAACCGGUGUCAGAAGUGCGGCGGCGUGCCCCCGAGCUCCUCGUCCGCCGCCGCCGUCCCCGAAGGAGGAGGUGGAGCGGAAACGGAGGCGAGAUUGAAGGCGCGAGAAGAUGUGGAUGACGGGAAUCGAUUCUUGCCCUAGAUUUUCUCCCCCCCUCCCUAUUUUCGCGCGGUUUAUUUACCUUUUUUAUUUUUCUCCUUUCCUUUUUUUUCUAUUUUGGGGUGGUUAAAACUGUAAAAUGUUAAUUAGUUAGAGCAAUUAGAAAGGUGGAAGAAGGAACGGGAAAAAAAAAGGGAGAAAAAUGUCAUGUCUCGCAAUGUCGGUUCGGAUUUCAGGGACUACGUAGCUAGCGAUUAGACAUUAGAAGUUGGUUGGCUGCUUAAUCGGUUUGUAAAAAUUUAUGUAUACUUGUAAGUUGUAAUAUCUUGAUGUAUGAUACUCAAAUUUCACCAUACCAUUAAUCACAAAUCGUAACAUUGCGGUUAAUGAACCUAAGAUGAUUGG